AAAAAGAAAAAGAAAAAAGAGUGAACGAAAAAGAAGAUAAAUUGUCAUGAGGAAUCUACCCAUCCAUCUCCAAUGGCGGAUAUUUCGAGAUCACUCUGGUCCAGAUGGGUCGUAUUCUUCUUCCUCACUGCCCAUUUCUCUCCUUCUGAAUCCUUCUCUGAACUCAGAAUGUUCUCUGAUUUCCCUUCUUUGAUCUUACUCUCUUCUCUCUAGCUUCUCUUUUAGCUCCCAUUGCUUCCGAUUUUUGCUUCUGGGUUUGCGUUUUUCGCUCCUCUUCUCAACCUUCCCGCCAUGACUGUGGCUGUGGCUAUGGCUUCUUGGUGCUCUGGGCUUCACUCCAGUUGCAGUUCUUGGACCUUCAAAUCUUCUGAAAGUCGUUUUGCGACUGGGGGUUUGUUCAAGAGCUCCCUUGCUUAUCAGAACAAGUGUUUCUGCCUAAUCCAAAGGGGAAGAUGGUCUUCUUCCAACAUGAAGAGCAUUCCACGAGCAUCAUCAGCUACAGCUGUUGAGGAUGGAAGUAACGGUGAUACUGAUACAAUUCCAACGCCCAUAGUUAUAAUAGACCAGGACUCUGAUCAAGAUGCAACUGUUGUGGAAAUAACCUUCGGCGAUCGGCUUGGAGCACUUCUUGACACGAUGAAUGCUCUGAAAAACCUGGGGCUCAAUGUCGUCAAGGCGAAUGUCUUUUUGGAUUCUUCUGGAAAGCACAACAGAUUUUCGAUCACAAAAGCAGACACCGGAAGAAAGGUAGAUGAUCCAGAGUUGCUUGAGGCGAUUCGUUUGACGAUUAUAAACAACUUGCUUGAGUUUCAUCCGGAAUCAAGUGCUCAGUUAGCAAUGGGAGCAGCGUUCGGAGUCAUGCCACCGCAACAACAGGUCGAUGUGGACAUUGCUACACACAUAAGCAUACAAGAUGACGGUCCUGACCGAAGCUUACUGUAUGUGGAGACUGCUGAUCGACCGGGAUUACUGGUGGAUCUUGUGAAGAUCAUCACGGACAUAAACGUUGCAGUUGAAUCGGGAGAAUUCGACACCGAGGGACUGUUGGCUAAGACUAAAUUUCAUGUUAGCUACAAGGGCAAAGCCCUCAUCAAACCUCUUCAGCAGGUUAUAUCAAAUAGUUUACGAUAUUUCUUGAGGCGACCAAGCACAGAGGAGGCGAGUUUUUGAGCCAUAUGAUGAAGUAAAAACCAAAAGCAGGAUAAAUUAGAGUUGGAGAAAUGUUGUGCAUUUAUAGUGUUUGUAUCAUUUACGCCCUGUUGUUGUAACAUAUCUUACCAUCCUCAUUCAUACUCUUUAAAAGAGAUUUGAACCUCAAAAUUAACAUUAUGCAUUCAUGAGAAAUAUUUGAGCUUGUUUCUCAUUUCUCGACCGUGUCAUGAUGUAUUCGCCAUUGCUCGAUUGAUGGCUUGAUGGAAUAAAUUACAUGAUAAAUCUUCUACC